CUUGUUUUGGAUUUUUCAAAUAAUGACAGUGGUAGUGCCACCACCACACCCCUAUUUAUAAAUUCAAUAUUGUUUUCAUCAAAACAACCAAACUCGUACCCAACGAGAAUAAAUAUUAAUGAUUUUACCAUUCCAGUAAUAGAAAGUAAUUUUAAGACCAAAGAUUGUGAUUUCAAGGAUUUUUAUAAUCCAAAUUUCUAUUUAUCGUUUCCUGAAGACGGUCGAUUUAAUUCAUCUGAUCAGUUUAUAAUAGGCUCCCAAGAAAACCGUACUUCCAACUUGUACUAA